GGGGGCCAAGGCAUCCGCCUGAGCGCAAUGGCAGGGACGGCCGGGCUCCUGGCCGAAGUGAGCUGGAAGGUCCUGGAGCGGAGAGCCCGGACCAAACGCUCAGGCUCCGUUUAUGAACCUCUGAAAAGCAUCAAUCUUCCAAGGCUUGAUAGUGAAAGUCUGUGGGAUAAGUUGGAUCAUUAUUACAGAAUUGUCAAGUUAACAUUGUUGCAGUAUCAAAGUCCAACCACCGGUCUCUUUCCCACUAAAACGUGUGGAAAUGAUGAGAAGGCCAAGAUCCACGACAGCCUGUACUGUGCUGCUGGAGCUUGGGCGCUGGCUCUCGCGUACAGGCGCAUUGAUGAUGACAAAGGAAGGACCUAUGAGCUGGAGCAUUCUGCUAUAAAGUGUAUGAGAGGAAUUCUCUACUGCUAUAUGCGUCAGGCUGAUAAGGUACAGCAGUUUAAACAGGAUCCACGCCCCACAACAUGUCUUCACUCUGUUUUCAAUGUGCACACAGGAGAUGAAUUUUUUUCCUAUGAAGAAUAUGGUCAUCUUCAGAUAAACGCGGUGUCACUCUUUCUCCUUUACCUUGUAGAAAUGAUUUCUUCAGGACUCCAAAUUAUCUACAACACAGAUGAGGUCUCUUUCAUUCAGAACCUUGUAUUUUGUGUGGAGAGAGUUUACCGUGUACCUGACUUUGGUGUUUGGGAGAGAGGAAGCAAAUACAAUAAUGGGAGUCCAGAGCUGCAUUCAAGUUCUGUUGGUUUAGCAAAAGCAGCUCUAGAAGCAAUUAAUGGAUUCAACCUCUUUGGCAAUCAGGGCUGCUCCUGGUCAGUUAUAUUUGUGGACCUUGAUGCUCAUAAUCGCAACAGGCAAACUUUGUGUUCACUGCUUCCCAGAGAGUCAAGAUCUCAUAACACAGAUGCAGCCUUGAUCCCCUGCAUCAGUUAUCCUGCGUUUGCCCUCGAUGAUGAAGUUCUGUUUAGCCAGACGCUUGAUAAAGUUGUUAGAAAAUUAAAAGGAAAAUACGGAUUUAAGCGUUUCUUAAGAGAUGGCUACCGAACAGCAUUGGAAGAUCCCAAUAGACGGUACUAUAAACCAGCUGAAAUUAAGUUAUUUGAUGACAUUGAAUGUGAAUUUCCUAUAUUUUUCCUUUACCUGAUGAUUGAUGGAGUUUUUAGAGGCAAUCCCAAACAAACAAAGGAAUAUAACGAUCUUUUGACGCUGGUACUUCAUCAGACCACAGAAGGAUAUCCUGUUGUGCCAAAGUACUAUUAUGUGCCUGCUGACUUUGUUGAAUUUGAAAAAUAUAACCCUGGUAGUCAAAAGAGAUUUCCAAGUAACUGUGGCCGUGAUGGAAAACUGUUUCUUUGGGGACAAGCCCUUUAUGUUAUUGCAAAACUCCUGGUUGAUGAAUUAAUAAGUCCCAAAGACCUUGAUCCAAUCCAGCGUUAUGUCCCACGACAGAAUCAACGCAAUGUCAGCAUGAGGUUUUCCAAUCAGGGACCGCUGGAAAAUGAUUUGGUAGUUAAUGUAGCACUUGUAGCAGAAAGCCACCGCCUUCAAGUUUUUCUCAAUACAUAUGGUAUUCAAACUCAGACUCCUCAACAGGUAGAACCCAUUCAGAUUUGGCCUCAGCAGGAGCUUGUAAAAGCUUAUUUCCACCUGGGUAUAAAUGAAAAGUUAGGUCUCUCGGGAAGGCCAGACAGGCCCAUUGGCUGCCUGGGUACAUCAAAGAUUUAUCGCAUUCUGGGAAAGACUGUGGUUUGUUAUCCCAUCAUCUUUGACCUAAGUGAUUUCUACAUGUCUCAAGAUGUUUUACUACUGAUAGAUGACAUAAAGAAUGCACUACAGUUCAUUAAGCAAUACUGGAAAAUGCAUGGACGUCCACUUUUCCUUGUUCUCAUCCGGGAAGACAAUAUAAAAGGCAGUCGGUUCAAUCCCAUAUUAGAUAUGCUGGCAGCCUUUAAAAAAGGAGUUGUUGGAGGAGUCAAAGUCCAUGUUGAUCGCCUACAGACACUAAUAUCUGGAGCUGUACUCGAACAACUUGACUUCCUACGAAUUAGUGACACAGAAGAACUUCCGGAAUUUAAGAGUUUUGAAGAAAUAGAACUUCCCAAACAUUCGAAGGUCAAGAGGCAGAGCAGCACCCCCAGUGCCCCUAAACUGGAGCAGCAGCCAGAUAUCACCAUGACUGAAUGGCAGAGCAAGCCCACACACGAGGUUCUUCAGAAACUGAAUGACAGUAGUUGUCUGGCGAGCCAAGCUAUCCUGCUGGGUAUACUGAUCAAAAGAGAAGGUCCCAACUUCAUCACACAGGAAGGUACUGUUUCUGAUCACAUUGAGAGAGUCUAUAGAAGAGCUGGCAGCAAAAAACUUUGGCUGGCUGUACGCUACGGGGCUGCCUUUACUCAGAAAUUUUCUUCCUCUAUAGCCCCACACAUUACCACUUUACUGGUACAUGGGAAACAGGUAACUCUGGGUGCCUUUGGCCACGAAGAAGAGGUUAUCUCCAACCCUUUGUCUCCAAGAGUGAUUAAGAACAUUAUCUAUUAUAAGUGCAACACUCACGAUGAGAGGGAAGCGGUCAUUCAGCAGGAGCUGGUCAUCCACAUUGGGUGGAUUAUCUCCAAUAAUCCCGAGUUAUUCAGUGGCAUGCUGAAAAUACGCAUUGGGUGGAUCAUUCAUGCUAUGAAGUAUGAGCUACAGAUCCGUGGUGGAGACAUGCCAGCAUUAGACCUCUAUCAGCUGUCACCUAGUGAAGUUAAACAGCUCCUCUUAGAUAUUCUCCAGCCUCAACAGAAUGGAAGAUGUUGGCUGAACAGGCGUCAGAUCGAUGGAUCUCUGAACAGAACCCCCAGUGGGUUCUACGACCGAGUGUGGCAGAUCCUGGAGCGCACACCUAACGGAAUCGUUGUAGCUGGGAAGCAUUUGCCACAGCAACCAACCUUGUCCGAUAUGACCAUGUAUGAAAUGAAUUUCUCUCUUCUUGUCGAAGAGAUACUGGGAAAUAUUGACCAGCCUCAGUACAGACAGAUCAUUGUGGAGUUAUUAAUGGUUCUCUCCAUUGUACUGGAAAGAAACCCUGAGCUAGAAUUUCAGGACAAGGUAGAUCUAGACAAACUGGUAAAAGAAGCAUUUCAUGAAUUUCAAAAAGAUGAGAGUCGGCUAAAAGAAGUUGAAAAACAAGAUGAUAUGACUUCGUUCUAUAACACCCCCCCACUGGGAAAAAGAGGAACAUGCAGCUAUUUGACAAAGGUUGUGAUAAAUUUGCUGCUGGAAGGAGAAGUCAAGCCCAGCUGUGAUGACCCAUGUCUGGUUAGCUAGUGAAGAAG